UACAAAAUGGAUGAGUCAUCUUCCACUUUAGUAAAUGAGUUCAACAAUAUCAUAACAGCAGGUGUCCCACACAUGAACAAUAUCCUCAACUACGACCACUGUAUAAACUCUUCCUUUGCACACACCCCACCAUCCACCAUCCACCAUCCACCCACACCCAGUCAGUCGAUAUGCCAGAGUAUUGCGUAACCGGCGGCACUGGCUUCAUAGCCUCUUGCUUGGUCAAGACACUGCUCGAGAAUGGCCAUCACGUUCGCACCACCGUUAGAAACCCAGACUAUGGACAUGUUGGGUUUCUGUGGGAGUUUAAUGGAGCUAAGGAGAGGCUGAAGAUAGUAAAAGCUGAUUUGUUAGAAGAAGGUAGCUUUGAUGAAGCCAUUCAAGGAGUGGAUGGCGUCUUCCACACUGCUUCACCUGUUCUCGUUCCCUACGAUAACAACAUCAAGGCAACUCUGAUUGAUCCAAGUAUAAAUGGUACAGUGAAUGUACUAAACUCCUGUUUAAAAGCAAACAGUGUAAAACGAGUAGUGCUCACCUCUUCCUGCUCUGCAAUUAGAUGUCGUUAUAAUGUCCAACAACUUUGUCCUCUCAAUGAAUCGCAUUGGACAGAUCCCGACUAUUGCAAGCGCUACAACCUUUGGUAUGCAUUUGCAAAAACUCUAGCAGAAAAAGAGGCUUGGCGUAUGGCAGAAGAACAUGGGAUUGAUCUAGUUGUGGUGAACCCAUCUUUUGUAGUUGGCCCUUUGCUUACACCAAAGCCAACCAGUACACAGCAUCUCCUACUCACCAUUAUGAAAGGUGAAAGAGGAGAAUAUCCAAACUCCACGUUCGGGUUUGUGCAUAUAGAUGAUGUGGUAGCAGCGCACAUCUUGGCAAUGGAAGAUCCAAAAGCAUCAGGCAGGAUCAUAUGUUCAGGCACGGUGGCUCACUGGUCAAAGAUCAUCGAUAUGCUAAGAUCUAAAUAUCCAUCCUACCCAUUUGAAAGCAAGUGCAGCUCCCAGCAAGGAGAUUGCAACCCUCACAGCAUGGACACGAGCAAGAUUUAUGAAUUGGGAUUCCCUGGUUUCAAGACGAUCGAGCAAAUGUUUGAUGAUUCGAUCAAGAGUUUCCAAGAGAAAGGAUUUCUUUGAACUCGAUAAAGCAGCAUUCAAUAAUUUCAAUAGAAACUGUUACUUACAAACUGCCUUCUAGUUUAAUCAAUAUAAUGUUCAAUUAUUAGA